AUGCAACCCUUUUCAAUAAAAAGAAACUGUAAUAUCUCCGAAUAUACCGAACCAAUGUCACAGAACGAUACCGACAGUGUUGCUCAAAACAGCAAAUCCGAUUUGGUACAAUGUACUUGUAGUCUCUGCCAAAGUCAAGACACCUUUUUAAUGGACGACCCAAAAGUUAAGACGACUCGGCUCUGUGUUCUAAUUUUAAAGUCUUUGAAAGACUUAAAACCGUCUGUCGAAUAUUUUUCAUUACGAGCUGAUAUCAAUGUCUUUAUUGAAGAUCAUUGGAAAUUGUUAUCGAAACUCAAAUUGUUUAAAUCCCCUAAUUACAGAAAAGCGUUGUUGGAUGCUUUCAAUCAUUGUAAUUUAAUCGAGUCUGGAAAGUCAACUGUCCACAACAGAGGGUUCUACAAGCUUCGCGAAACAAAAGCAAAGAAAACUUUACCAAAGAAAAAGCCGACCAAGAAGGAAACUCAAAAAGUUACACGCCCAGAAAAUAUCGCCUAUCAAAUAACACAAGAUAUUAAUGCUCUAUUGGAACAAUUGUCAUAUACAAACACUUUACUUGUUCAAACACAAUCGUUCUAUGUGGGAAAUCCAAUCAAUAAUAUCCCAACGGCCAUUGCUUUUGAAUCUAACGUUUCACACAUUAACACACUUUCGCAAGUUUCUGUACUAACUCUUUGA